AUGGUAAAUUUCCAAGGCAUAUUGAAAAAGAUAUGGACGGAGCCUUACUGUAACCUCAUUCACUCAAGAUAUCCUUUAGCCAUGGCAUUCUUCAGAGUAUUAGCUUUUCUCUAUAUUUUUGUGUUUCUCAUAAUUGGAUUUACAACUAAUCCUGCGAUUUAUUUUUUAUUCCUCACAGACUGAGGAGUUUUGCUUACGACUACUUAUUUUCUGAUAUCUUUGCUUUCCUAUAAAUAUUUUUCAAUUCACAGUUGGGCUCAUUUAUAUCUCGAACUCGUAUUUCCAAUAGAGUCGACCAUUUUUAUCGUCUACUGGACCUAUGUUUACCCUUUGAGAGAAAUUAAAGUGCCACUUAUAUAACUCCCCCCCCCCCCCUCCGUGAGCGAACAAAACCAUUAGAAAAAUCGCCAUUUUUUGACCAAAAACCCACCCUCCGUGAGUGAACAAAAAUUUUUUUAAUAGAAAAAAUUUUUAAUGGAAAAAAAUUUUGAUAUAUAAGUGAUAAUUAGUAUAAUGAAAUCUAGAGCUAAUUCUGUUUAAUUUUAAACAAAUUGCGUUUUAAAAACAUAAAUUUUGCAAAUUAAAUUAAUAUUUGCUUCCCAAUUUUUGCAAAUUAGGAUUUUUUUAAAUUUCGAAAAAAAUAUAUUUUUUAUAAAAUUUAUAUAUAAAUUUUUUUUUAAAAAAAAAAAAAUUAACCCCCCUCCGUGAGCGAACAAAAUUUUUUUGUUCGCUCACGGAGGGGGGGGGGGGAGUAAGGACCCCCCCCGUCAUUUGUCCAAUUUUCUAGUCUUUUAUCAUUUGUCCAUUUUUCUAGUUUUUUUUAUAGGAAAAAAAAAUUUUUUUAGGACCUCAUUUGUCCAAUUUUCUAGUCAAAAUUUUGAUAGAGAAAAAAAAUUUUCAGGACCUCAAUUGUCUCAUUUUCUAGUUUUUUUAAAGUAAAAAACUAGAAUUUAGGGCAUUCGAAAAAAUGCAAAAAAAGACUAGAAAAUUGGACAAAUCAUUUUUGACUAGAUUUUGGGACAAAUGAGGUCCUGAAAAAAAAAAUUUCUUAUAAAAAAAAGACUAGAAAAUUCGACAAAUGAGGGGGGGGGGUCGUUAUAAUUUGACCGUGCACGCUGCAUGCCCUAUCUUUAUGCUUAUUGAAGUGUAUUUAAAUAAAGUUUAUUUUAUUAGGAAACAUUGGAUUUUUGCUAUUGUAUUUGUAAGCGCUUAUUCAUUGUUAAUCAAUAUGCCUUGGACUUUGACACAUGAAAGGCCUUUGUAUCCUCUUAUAACUUAUAAGAAUAUAUGGACUUAUUUAGUGAUGGUAUAUGAAUUUAUAGUUUUGUGGUCCAGCUUUGAACUUUUGAGAUGGCUAAAACAAAAGCCAAAAGAAAAACAGCCUAUAUAUCAGUCUAUGAGUCUGCUUCAAAGGACAAUGGAAAUCUAA